CGCUAAUCCUUCCUUCCUUCCUCCUCCGCCGUCGCAGCAGCAGCAGCAGCAGCCGCCCUCCAGAAAUUCCCCAAUCCACCCCCCAAACCCUAAAUAAAUCCCUCCCCCUCAUCCCCCGUAGAACAAUCCAAUCCAAUCCUCGUUUGCCGCUUUGGAUGGGCAGGCGGCCGCCGCCGGCGAUUCCGUAGCGGGGAAUUGGUUGAUUGAUUGGAGGGAGGUCGUGGAGGGGUCGCCUUAAUCCGGCAGGCCGCUCCCCGGUGGUGUUCGUCUCAAGGCUUUGUGUGGAGAAGAGGGCGAGAAGGAACGAACCAGCUCGGCCAUGGCGCCGUCUCCUGCGGCAGCGGCUGGCCCCACUUUUGAGGACCUUGAGCGUGACCUGCAGGCAGUGUUGAUGGACCAGAACCAUGUGGCGACUGCCGAUGAGCUCAGCAUGUUCCGCAGUGGCAGUGCUCCUCCCACUGUUCAGGGUGCUCGCACUGCCAUUGGUUCCCUCUUCUCUGCUGCACCUGUUCAGGUCGACAACUUUGUUGAUGUCGCCAGCGGUGGUGUUGGCGACGUGCUCUCUGAUGAGGAGAUAAGGUCUCACCCAGCCUACCUAUCGUACUAUUAUUCCAAUGAGCACCUCAAUCCAAGGUUGCCACCACCAAUGGUGUCGAAGGAGGAUUGGCGUGUCGCUCAGCGAGUGCAGGCUGGUUCAGGAGGGGUAGGGGAUAGAAGGAGGCGACCCUCAGAGGUGGGGGGUGGAAGCUCGCUUUUCUCGGUGCAGCCAGGGGCACGCCAUGGUGGUGGAGAGGAGUUCCUGAUGAAUGAUAGGAUAGGUGGAGGAGAAAGAAAUGGGCUUGCACGUCAGCAAUCAUCAGAGUGGCUUGGGAGUGGCGCGGAUGGGCUCAUUGGGCUGUCGGAUGCCAGUGGUCUUGGUUCCCGUCGAAAGAGCUUUGCUGAUGCCUUGCAGGAAAACAUCAGUCGUCCUGCUUCUGCAGCCAGUCAUCUUUCACGCUCUAAUAGCCGGAAUGCUUUUGACAGCCCGAACCCAAUUAGACCGGCUGAUUCAUCAAGAGCGCAACUGCAGAGCAGAUCAGAAUCCAUGAAUGGCUUGCGAUCUGGAUCCACUUCACCUAGUCUUGUCAGGGUCCAAAGUUUAGGUUCUUCAAUCUCUCAUAACUUUGCUUCUGCGGUAGGCUCCUCUAUCUCAAGAAGCACCACCCCUGACCCCCAGUUGAUUCGGAGGACUCCGAGCCCGUGCCUUCCUCCAGUCGGAGUUAGGAUGGGAAAUACUGAUAAAAAGGUUGAAGGCUCAGCUGCUGCUUCACAUAAUCAUGAUACUGCUGACAUUGCAGCAGCUCUGUCUGCUAUGAACUUUUCUGGUAGCAAGAUGACCAGUUUAGAAGCUGAAGUGCAAAAUCGUGUAUACCAGAAUUUCGGUGAUCAAACUGAUGUACUCUUUGACGUUCCAAAGGAGCGCAGACAAUUUUCUCAGCCAAAGUUAGCUCAAAAUGCUGAUGAAGAAUCGAUAAAUGCCUUAGAAUAUGCAGUUUUUCCAAAUGGCAGCAGUAACUAUAACAAUUCAAAUAUGAGCAAGCUAACAGUUGAUAGCAAGAGCAAGUUUCCCAUACAAUCACCGCAUGGUAAUGCCCAUAAUAAAGGAUCUAUCCUGAGCCCUGCUGGAUCUGUAUCUCUCUACCAGAACCUUAAUGGUGAUAGCUCCAACAUUGAUGUAUCUGCACGGAAUGCUAAGAUCCGUUCAAGUAGUUUUGGUUCAUCCAUGCUGAACAAUCAACUGAAUGCAGAUAAUGAAUAUGUUAAUCUUCUUACAAAUCAAGGGGGGUCUGGUUUUCAGGGCCAACCAAUGGAAACAAUUUAUACACCAUACUUACAGGCAAACUCUGAUUCUCCCCUUGGUUCAGCUACAAACAUGAGUCCUUUCCAAGGAAGCAGCUUUUCUGGUUCAGUGCCCCUGGAUAGUCCUGGAUAUCAAAAAGCUUAUAUUGCAUCAUUACUCGCUCAUCAGAAGCUGCAGUAUGGAAUGCCAUACCUAGGCAAGUCUGGUAGUCUUAGCCCAAAUCUUUAUGCCAGUGACCCAGCAUUUAGCAUGGGAAUGGCAUACCUAUCAAGUCCAACAUCCACCCCUUAUAUAUCAUCUCCUCAGAGCCAUGUCAGGCAAGGAGAUAGGCUAGCUCGUAUCCCAUCUAUCACUAAGCCCACUACUGGAGGACCUAUGGGAUCUUGGAAUUCAGACAAUGGUCUAAUUGAUAAUGGUUAUGGGUCUUCUCUGCUGGAGGAAUUCAAGACCAACAAAACCAGAUCUUUUGAACUGUUAGAUAUUGUAGGCCACGUGGUCGAGUUCAGCUCGGACCAAUAUGGGAGUCGAUUUAUACAACAGAAACUAGAAACAGCGGCUGCUGAAGAGAAGGACACCAUUUUUCCAGAGAUCCUUCCUCAAGCACGAACUCUGAUGACUGAUGUUUUUGGAAAUUAUGUUAUACAGAAAUUCUUUGAAUAUGGGACUGAACCACAGAAGAAACAACUGGCUAGCUUACUCAAGGGCUAUGUAUUGCAACUGUCACUUCAAAUGUAUGGCUGCCGAGUGAUUCAGAAGGCUUUAGAAGUGGUUGAGGUGGAACAACAAACCCAAAUGGCUUUGGAGCUUGAUGGAAAUAUCAUGAAAUGUGUCCGUGAUCAGAAUGGCAACCAUGUAAUCCAGAAAUGCAUAGAAUGCAUCCCUCAAGAAAGGAUACGAUUCAUUAUAUCUGCCUUUUAUGGGCAUGUGGUUGAGCUUUCCACCCAUCCAUAUGGUUGCCGUGUUAUUCAGCGUGUCUUGGAGCAUUGUGAUGAUGAAAGUACACAGAGCACCAUGAUGGAAGAGAUCAUGCAGUCUGUGGUUCUGUUGACACUAGACCAGUAUGGCAAUUAUGUUAUCCAGCAUGUAUUGCAACAUGGGAAACCAGAAGAACGUUCUGCUAUAAUUAAGCAAUUGGCUGGGCAGAUUGUGAAGAUGAGCCAACAGAAAUUUGCUUCCAAUGUUGUUGAGAAGUGCCUUUCAUUUGGUACUCCUGAGGAGCGCCAGAUUCUAAUCAAUGAAAUGCUUGGCACAACUGAUGAGAAUGAGCCAUUACAGGCAAUGAUGAAAGACCAGUUUGCUAACUACGUAGUGCAGAAGGUUUUGGAGACUUGUGAUGACCAGAACCGUGAAUUGAUCCUUUCCCGCAUCAAAGUACAUUUGAAUGCGCUCAAGAGAUACACAUACGGGAAACAUAUUGUCGCACGAGUUGAGAAGCUUAUUGCUGCAGGAGAAAGGCGCAUUGGAAUGUCUUCAUCAUCUUCGUGAGAUUGCAAUGGUUAGUUGACAGAAUAACACCUGUACAGACAAAUAGCGAGGCUAGCCUUACCUGUAGUCAUGUUCGGUAAAAUCGGAAAAGCUAAGCUUUGAAAGCCUUUGAUGUAAAUAAAGGAGGGCCUCUGGAAAUAAAAGGAGAGAGUGUGCUUGUUCUUAAGAAAGAAGUUGUAUAUUUGUACGUUUUUCCCCUCUUCGAGUAAGAUAAAGAAAGGCAAAAUAUGGACGAAAUUAGUGCAAAGAUUUAGGAUAGAUGAUGGGAAGCAAGGACACCUGUAGAUCCUUUUGCCUUGAAUUUCAUCAGUGUAUAAGGCUUCAUGAGGUUUAAUCUCUGUAAAGGUUUUCUACUUUACUGACAUUUUGCAGAAAUCAAAUGUCUCUGUUUAUCAAAAAUG